CGGCAUGGAGCUCCUGGAGGCGCGGUGGAGUCCUGCGCACGGCGGUGCCAUGGUCUUUACAGCCCCUAUUGCUUCCAGCCUCCUCUCCUUGCUCCGCAUUCCCAGUCCCUAGACGCCUCUACUCGGGUCCUUCUCUCUAUGGAUUCAUUUCAGACUGCACCGAUGUUGAGCUUGCCCGCUGAGCUGGGAAGCAACAACUUAGAACUGUCUGAGCAGGCAGAGCGAGAGGCAUCAGGGGCCGGAGUAGACUCAGGCACCCACCUGGAGGUGACCAAGGAGAACUCCGAGCCUCUCCCCACGCAAGAGCUCAAGCAACGACAGCCUCUGAGGACCUCGACGCCGACCGAGUGCAAAGUCCUGCUCACACAGGCCGACGCCUUGGCGUCCGGGGGGCGCCUUCGGGAAGCCCUCGAGGUGUACAGACGGCUCUCCGAGAGGCAGCAGCUGGUGGCGGAGCAGCUGGAACAGCUGGUGCGCUGCUUGGCGGAGAGCGUCCCGCAAAAGGUGGCGCCAGAGCCCUCGGACCAGAGCAGCGCCUCAAACUACGCGGUGGCGGUGGAAGAGGAAGGGGUGGCUGCGGCGGUGACCACCGAGGUAUGGGAUGGCUUUAAAUGCCGAAAAUGUCACGGGUUUCUCUCAGACCCCGUGUCCUUGUCCUGUGGACACACCUUUUGUAAACUGUGCCUGGAACGUGGGCGGGCAGCCGAUCGGCGCUGUGCGCUGUGCGGGGUCAAGCUCUCAGCGCUGAUGGUGGCCACUGGGAGGGCGCGCGGGGCGCGGCGGGCUGGGCAGCAGGCGCCACCGCCACUGCGAGUCAACGUGGUGCUUAGUGGCCUUCUCGGCAAGUUGUUCCCGGGACCAGCGCGGGCGUCACAACUCCGGCACGAGGGCAACCGGCUGUACCGCGAGCGCCAGGUGGAGGCGGCACUGCUCAAGUACAAUGAAGCAGUUCGGCUGGCUCCAAAUGACCAUUUGCUUUAUAGUAAUCGGUCUCAAAUUUAUUUCACCUUGGAGUCUCAUGAGGACGCACUGCAUGAUGCAGAAAUAGCAUGUAAGCUCCGCCCAAUGGGUUUUAAGGCACAUUUCAGAAAAGCACAAGCCUUAGCCACCCUAGGCAAGGUGGAGGAAGCACUGAGAGAGUUUCUCUACUGUGUAUCCCUCGAUGGGAAGAACAAGAGAGCCAGAACUGAAGCCCAAAGGCUUCUCCUUAGUUUCUUUUCACCAUCAGUCCCGGGGGAUUCUCAGGAACAUUCUCCCGAUAUCCUGAAGCUGUUGCCACCUCACCCUAGAUUAAAGGAACACGUAGAGUCAAUGGCUACUGAAGGCACCAGCCAUAACCUACCAAAGUUGUCACAGGACAAUCCAGAGCUUCCACAUUGUUCUAGUCAGGAGGAAGCAGCAGCCAGUGGAGACAGCAGCAGUCUGAUGAAUGCAGCUCAAGUCAAGGUGGGUGGUCAGCAAGAGAGCAUGAGAGAUCAGGAAGAAGAGAAGAAGCAGAAUGCUGCCUCCACCAAGACUGGCAAAUGCCAGGAGAAGAAAAGGAAGCAUUGCCAAAUUGAAACCCAAGAGGACACAAAUGUGCCUAAUAAAGUCUCCAAGCAAGAUCUUCUUGCUGAUCAAGUGGCCAAACCUGCCCUCAGUAUUCCACUUGCAUCUUUUGACGCAUCUGACCUUGAAUGCUCUCUAUGUAUGAGAUUAUUCUAUGAGCCAGUCACAACACCUUGUGGGCACACCUUUUGCUUGAAAUGCCUUGAGAGAUGCCUAGAUCAUAAUGCAAAGUGUCCAUUGUGCAAAGAUGGUCUUUCACAGUGUUUGGCAUCAAGAAAAUAUAGCAAAAAUGUAAUAAUGGAAGAGCUAAUAGCUAAAUUCCUACCAGAAGAGCUCAAGGAACGAAGGAGGCUUUAUGAAGAAGAAAUGGAAGAACUUUCUAACUUAAAUAAGAACGUGCCUAUUUUUGUGUGUACCAUGGCCUAUCCCACUGUCCCUUGCCCCCUGCACAUCUUUGAGCCUUGUUACCGCCUGAUGAUUCGGAGAUGUAUUGAGACAGGCACGAGGCAGUUUGGCAUGUGCCUUGGAGAUCCCAUCAAAGGGUUUGCAGAAUAUGGCUGCAUUCUAGAAAUCAGAAACGUUCAGUUCUUUGCUGAUGGCCGCUCAGUGGUUGACAGCAUAGGCAAGAGGCGCUUCAAGGUACUCCACCAGGGCCAGCGGGAUGGCUACAACACAGCCGACAUUGAAUACAUUGAAGAUCAGAAGGUUCAAGGAGAAGAUUGUGCAGAGCUCAUGGGAUUGCACAACUGUGUCUAUGAGCAAGCAUCAUUGUGGUUUCAUUCGCUUAAACCAUCUCUAAAGAAUCGAAUACUCAAUCACUUUGGUCCAAUGCCAGAGAAAGAUGUGGAUCCCCAGAUUAACCCGAAUGGCCCAGCCUGGUGCUGGUGGACAUUAGCAGUUCUUCCCUUGGAAAGCAGAGCUCAGCUCCCAUUCCUAGCAAUGAGGUCCUUAAAAGAUAGACUGAAUGGUAUUCGACGAAUUCUGGCCUUUAUAUCCCGCAACCAAAACUAAGUGAGAAUGGAUUGCUAAAGAAUGAAGAGGAGUCCCCACCCUUCCAACUGCCCCAGGGGAUGUUCUUGUAAAUAUAUCUAAUUGCAAUAACAUCUUAACAGAUGAGAGGGUAUCAAACUGAGGUGGUACCCUGCUUUUUGAUCACACAGAAAUGCAAGGUAGAAAGACCAAAUGAAUGUGACCUGUUUGACUUUCGGUCUGAAGAUGAGAUGCUUCUUGAUGUGCUGCAAAACUACGUGAACAGCAGAGGUGUUGAAGAGCCCAGAAAAAAAUGGGAUUUUAGCAUAAAACUUUUUGAAAGUGAUUUUGCUUUAAUUUUUUGUUCUUAGCUGAAUGACUAUGGGGUUGGAAUGUGAAGCAAAGAUACUAAUGUUGCAUUAUUUCAUUGACUUGAGGUCUCAUUCCAAGUGGUUCAGGUUUCAUAGAGCAUUGUGUAAAAUAAUGUUCAUACUCCUUUCUGUUUUAAUAAUUUAUUUUUUGCACUACUGUAUCCUUUUUCUACAUUUACGUUUGUAACUAUUUAAGUGUACAUUACUGAAAAGUUCAUUGCGUUAUUUAUUGAUGUGGUUUGCUAUAUAUGUAGGGGGAAUAACAACUAGAAAUAUUAGAGAUGUGCAAUUUUUUAAAAUCCACUUUUACUACAUUAAUCCCAGUUCUUGGACCGUUUCCAUUUCAAUCCUAGUGGGUGUUUAUGAGAAUUUGAGAAUGAUGUUUUGGUCACAUAUCUUCACAGAUUCUACUUUUUCAGUUUUAAUUAAACAGAUUAAAUACAGCAGUGAUUUGCCAUAGACUAUGGCAUAUACCAAGGUAAAGUAAAGUAAUCUAUUUUUUGUGUAAUACAAAAUAAGGCUGGAAGAAUGAUUAUUCUAUGACAGAGAGAUGAAUUAGCACAGUGAGAUUUAUUAUAGUCUAUUAUAGGUAUUUCGGGCAAUCUUACUAGAAGUGUGUUAAUUUCUCCCCAGUGCAGUAAGGAGCGGGAAUUUUUAGGCAGGGGGAUAUUUAACUUGUUCUUCAGGGGGUGGCUUUUAGUUUGGUAUAUCAUGAACACUCUCAAGUAGCCUGCAUAUGCCAUGUCUUCACAGGAUUUUGGGGAUCAGGACCUGAGCCAGCACAUGUCAAAACAUUUGAAGGACUAUUCCUUUUUAAAAGUGUGAAGAAACUAGAGAGGGUAGAACCUUUUAAAAAUGUAAUUUGAUGAUCUGAAGAACAAAUCCAUGGUUUUAUCUAAAUACUGCCUUUCCUCCUGGUGACAGUGAGCCCAAAAUUUUGGUGUAUGGGGAGAAAGAGGAGCAGGGAGGAACAUUGCUUAGCUAGCUUAGUGAUUCCUUUGUUGUCAGAAGAAACUGCCACACACGAGAGUAUAGGAGUGUUGUAAUGGCAGAGGAAAGAGAUUAGGGCUAGGGAACAGUGGAUUGACUCAGUUGUCUCUUAUGUAAACUGGCCUCCCAGAUGGUUUUGGAUAGCUGCUGUACAUUAUUUACAUGCGGGCCAUCCACUCAGGUGGGAAAGUCAGGCUUCACAUGAUAAGCCUGACUUCUGUCAUCACUUGUGACCAGAAACAAGAAAGAUUGGAUGAUCAUGUAAUCAGAAACUAAAUGACUAUCUGCACUUGCUUAAUGGAUGCUAUGUUACCAGAGAAUCAUGUUACCAGGUCUGGUGCUUGAAGUGGUCCAGUCUGGUGAAGAAUGCAAGUUGGAGGGAUGGAAAUACAGGCGUGGGUACUAUACAAGCCAAACACACACAGCUCAGGGAGCAGGGAAUUAGAGGCUGCCUUCUCCCACUUUAUGCUCAAACAUAUAAUCAUGGCAUAGACCUAGUAUGAGUUUUCCUACUCUCCAGUGAGAAUGCAAUGAGGAAAUGGGUUAAAAACUUCUAUCACAUGUGUUAAUUUAGCAAGUAAUUGUACUUUCAUUGAUGUUCCCUUCCCCAGUUUCUUUAUCUAUGAAAUGGUAAAGAUAUUUACAGCAUAUUGGUUCAUUAGGAAUAUUACAUGAAUCACCAGACAUUGCCUAGCACAGUGCCUUGAUUAUGGGAGACCUUCAAUAAAUAAUAGCUAUAUUAGAUUAGCUAUUUUGUAGAACAUCAUCGAAGGCUUACGUUUGCAUAAAACAUUGCCUUUACUCACAGUAUCCAUUUGCACCCUUCUAAACUUGGUUAGGAGAAUCUGAAACACUAUAGUUUGAUAGUUUACAGGCAAUCCCUUUUGGAGUUGAGGCUUUGGGAGAAUUGAGCUGGGAAUUUAUUUCAGUUGGUAGAGUACUUGCCUUGCAUGCAUGAGGUCUUGGGUUCCAUCCCUAGCACUGCAAAAACAGAACUUGGAAAAGUGAAAAUACUGGAGAGCAAAUGAAAGUGUGAUAUAGGGACUAAUCCUAUGCCAAAAAUACUAUUUCAAUAAGGGCUAAAAAGUAGUUUUUCUUGGAGGUUUAGAAUUCCUGAUACAAUAAGUUCUAGCUCCAUUUAAUAAGCAACACGUCAUUCCCUAUACUCUCUAAAAUGUACUGAGAAUCUUGCCUAUGCCAGAGGAAUUAGUUUGGCAAUGUACGAUGUUUUUGCUUAAUUUAUGGCAUUUCUUUAAUGCUGUCCAAAAUAAGAGGUUGUAUCAUAAUAUAUUGGAAAGCUAUCAUGUACUGGGUUCUGAGUCAAAUGAUCUCACAUACCUGAGCACAUUGAAUCAUUUAUUUCUUAGGCAUCAUUAGCAUUAGUAGCUUCAUAUUAUUGAAGAAAAAAAUCAGGCUGAUCAGCUUUAAAUACUUUGCUCAGGUAACACAGUCAUCUAGUGAGUGGCAUGACUUGAUUCUGAACCCAUUACAUAGAAGAAUUUUUAAUAUUUUAAGUAGUUUGUAUUAAACAUAUUAUAUUUAAUAAGCAUGACAGUCAAGUCACAAAAGCACCCCAGGAGCUCAAAAUUGGAAAUUUCAGGUAAAGUAAAAUGAAGUUACCCAACACAUCCCUACUUAAUCUAAGUCAAAUGGGACAUUUGGUUGUUAAAUAAAACUUUGUGUUACAGACUAUCCUUUGAUGAGAUAAUAUCUAACUUCAGCAAAUAGCAAUCCUGGCUGGUCCAAAUUGCACAUGACUCUCAGUAGUCUAGGUCCACACUGUGGUUGUUUAACUGUAAGCUUAUGUUUCUGUAAUGACAAGAGGCAAGAUAUAAGAUUCAUAAGCCAUGAACUUUCUUUGGGAUGUACUUGAAUGGGAUAAUAAGUUGGACUUGACCAUUCUUAUAACUUGCAAAUUAGUUCUGCUUUUAAACUCAGGAACGAAAACUACAGAAACAACAGACAUUAAAGUAAAUGUUGGCAAGAAGGACAAGAUUUCCCCCUUGGUAGAUAGCACCACUUGAGUUAGUCUUCCUGCUAGUCAUGACUGACUUGGUCUCUUCCUUGUGGAUUAUUUUCUAUUUGCAUGUGUGUCUGUGUGUACUUAGACACACACACACAUACACCCACACACAUGGUAGCAAGCAGACAUGCCUUUCUGCUUUGUACCUUGUCCCUUACUACUGCUGCUAGUUAAAACCAGCAAAAUGUAGAAGUGAACAAUGAAGAAAAUAAUUUUCUGUGGAUAACUUGAAAAAAAAAAGUGAUUUCUCCUAACUUAGAGGAGUAGAGAAGUGACUAUUUCCAUAGCUUGCUUUUUCUGAAGGCCUAUUAUGCUUUCCGCUCAGCGUUGCCUCAGUAGCAGGGUCAAGUCAUGGCACAUGUGGCACUUCCAGCUCUGCUCUUGGAGCUGGCCUGGGCUCAGAGAAUUCCUUGUGAUGGGCCAUGGGAGCAGCAGUGCUCCCAGAGCUGGGUCACAGCACUCAGAGAUGACUUGCCAUUAAUAGAUGGCAUACUGUUGAUAGACAUCCCACCAGGGAAUGUGCUCCUUUUGCCAGCUCCAUUUCCAGCAUGUGGAUUUUAUUCAGGGACUCUUUCCUUGAGUUCUUAACUUGUCUUUGCAUCUGUUUUCUAUUCCUCAAUGCAACAUCAGAACAGAGGUAUGUGACAAAGUUGCAAGGGGAAUGCAGCACAAAUACUGGAAACGGCAGGCUAUAAGCCCAAUCUUGGGCCCCACGGAUGAUACUUCAUUCUUGAUAGAAGACAGCUCUGAAAAGCAAAUUCUACAUGGGCUUCACUUUGUGGCCCUUCCUGAGUGCAGAGGAGGAAGGAAAAGGAGACAUGUAAAAUGUUUGCAUUCAAUUCAUCUCAGAAUGACACCUCUUACCCCUGCCACUGUUGAACUAUGUAAUGAUCUGGAUUUGUGUAUCCAGAGGUGAAAUGAAGAUGUUUUCACUUAAAAGUAUUUCCAAACAUGCUCAGUUAACCUCCAGAGAGAAGUGCCUGUAACCUCUGUCCUGGUGUCAUUUUAAAGCUUUUGCUUUGACUCUGUAACAAUUAAAAACUGUUUGCAGCAGCAAAUGUGAUUAACAGAAGUUUACAAAGCAAUGCUGUAGCUUAUGUAUCAUUUUUAAAUUCCACUGACAUUCAUCUAUUAUUAAAGCAAUGACAGUAUAUAAUGAGAUAAAAAGGAGAGCAAAUAGUUCAAUGUGGCACCAUUGGCUUAUCUUAGAUAAAUUAGUUCCAUCAUUGUAUGCAGUUCUCAGUAAUACCAGGAAUAGAAUAGCAAGCAAGCCACUUACACAAUGGCAAAUGUGUAUGUGUAUCUGGUGUUCAUUUGUUUGUUAAACAGCCAUUUAACUUUUGCACUGUAAUGAAUUGAAGGGAAAUUAAGAUAACGCUCCCUCCCCCAUUGCUACUCAACUACCUCUAUAUGCUUGAUUUCUUUGUAGGGGUUCCCUUCUUCCAAAUCUGUAAGAAGAGUUUCAGCUCAUCCAUGUUGUAAUUCACAAUGUGAUAUAAAGUGUCUCUGUGAAA